GAAACACACCUCAAAAAUUUUCGAAACAUGGCGGCAUCUCAUCUCAUCCCUCUCUUUAUUAAAUCCCCCUCUCUGCAUCUCACCAUUUCACUCCCACAAACACGCACCAUUUCUCGAGUCUGCGCACAGAUUCACAAUGACGGGUCAAGAAAACUGCAUUCGGGCGACCCGUCAAGCCACUAAAAGGGCCGCUUCAGCCAUGAGCGUGCUCGCUUCCCAGCAGCCGUUCACCAAGAAGCGUUCAGUGUUGGGCGAGAUUUCAUCCAAUGUUGUUGCGGCGCCGAAGAAAUCGGAGUGUGGGGCCAGCAAGCGAGUGAAGAAAGCUGUUGUUACUAAGAAAACUGAUGAUGCAUUCGGUUCGAGUAUCGAUGUCGACGGGGAUUCGAAUGACCCACAGAUGUGUGCUGCUUAUGCUUCUGAUAUUUAUCAGUAUCUUCGUAACAUGGAGAUCGAAACCAAAAGAAGGCCUCUGGCAAAUUAUAUCGAAAAAGUUCAGAAAGAUGUUACUGCGAACAUGAGAGCCAUUUUGGUUGAUUGGUUAGUUGAGGUAGCUUUGGAGUACAAGCUUCAUUCUGACACCUUGUAUCUCACGGUGUCGUACAUCGAUAGAUACUUAUCGGUUAAUGUUCUGAAUAGGAAGAAGCUUCAGCUUCUUGGCGUCUCUUCGAUGCUGAUUGCUUCAAAGUAUGAAGAAAUCAAUCCACCACAUGUUGAUGAUUUUUGUGAUAUCACUGAUAAUACGUACUCUAGAGAAGAGGUUGUGAAAAUGGAGGCUGAUGUUCUCAAAUCUCUGAAGUUUGAAAUGGGGAAUCCUACUGUGAAAACAUUUCUACGAAAAUAUAACAGUGUUGCCCAAGAAACUCAGAAAACUCCAAGUUUAAAGUUGCAGUUCUUGGGUUAUUACCUGGCUGAACUAAGUCUUCUGGACUAUGAAUGCAUCAAGUUCUUACCUUCUUUGGUGGCGGCAUCAGUUAUUUUUCUUGCUAAGAUCACCAUUGAUUCAAAAAUGCAUCCUUGGACUUCAGCUUUGCAGCAAUACUCUGGUUAUAGGCCAUCAGAUUUGAAAGAAUGCGUACUUAUCAUACAAGAUUUGCAGUUGAGGAAAAGAGGGAGCUCCUUGACAGCAAUUAGAGAAAAAUAUGCUCAUCAUGAGCUAAAGAAUGUUUCGGAGCUAACUAGUCCAGAAAUUCCAGUUUGCUUCUUUGCUGAUAUCAAAGAAUAUUAUUGAAGAACAGUCCUUGUGGAUGCACUUGCAGUACGAUCAUCCAACUUGAGUAAUUUCUGAUCCUAUGGAUUAAGCUGCUCACUGGGGAAUGUUCGAGAAUUUUCAAUAUAGGUAGUUGCAUCAGUGCUAGUACACUGUUGUAUGUUACUUUACGAUACAACUGAUACAUGAGGUGAUUACGUGAAUAUUACAUUGGAUUCAUUCAAGAUCAAAUAUAUCAUAGAACUUUUAGAAGCCUUUUCAAUAUAUAGCCUUGCUUAGUUAAAUAAUUAUAUGAUUUUAUGUAGAAGUUUUGAAUUGCCAUGAAAUCUCAAUGAAUGUCUUGGUUUCUUUAAAAGAA